AUGGAGAAUCAGCAUUUAUCGCCAUUUGUAGUAAUUCCAGCCAGAAAUCUAUCAAUCUCACUCGACAACGACGACGGAACUUCAAGUCCUGAGCCACCAGCUCGCCAGCUAAGGAAAAGACUUCCAAUUCAACAGGCGCCGUAUUCUAUAGAGAGAAUUCGAGCGAGAAAGGCAGGUAUACCUACUGAAGUAGAUUCUAAAGUCCUAAGGUUAGAAAGGGAGCAAGCUUUCAAUGAAAGAUAUAAUUAUGAAGAACCAGACGAUGAGUUCGUUGUACAUGAUUCAGGCGAAAGUCCUUUCGGUAAUACUUUUGACGAGCCUGAAAUGGAUGAGGAAAUUUUAAAUCAUGAGUCUCCAGAAUCUGAGAGUUCAAGCGUUGAAAGCUUUAAUGAAACAGAUAAUCACUCUGCGCCUUCUUUCUUCAAAAGAUAUACGCCCCUAUACUCAAAUCAUGAGCCUUCAGAAUCUGACGGUUCAAGUGUUGAAAGCUUUAAUGAAAUAGAUAAUCAUUCUAUACAAUCUAUUUCUUCACCACCUAUUACGCGAUGCUUACACGAAAAUAAGAAGGACACACCAUUCGAUAGAUUGCUAAGGACUAAUUUACAAUGGGCAAAGGAAACGCCAGUUCCAUCUAUCGACGAUCCUUUAUUCAAAAAAUAUACGCCGCUGUAUAUAGAGCUAUUUAAUCAAUUAACAUUCGCUGUUUCAUUCAAUCAAUCGUGGCCAUUGGAUGCAGAAUUCAUAGUGGCAAAGUUAAUCCGUCGAUUUAAGAAUUGGGAGUCGCCACAUAACUCCAAUAUCGAAGAACCUUACAAGAUUUUAUGUGUUCUAGUAAAAAACUUUCCAAAAGGGAGGAUCCCAUCAAUACCUGAAAUUGUAGAUGUCUUUUAUAUUUUGACUAAAAGACUUGUUCAGAAGAUAAAACCGGAAACACCAAGAAUAUAUGUGAAGGAGUUUCAGACCAAAAACUUUGAAUAUAUAAAUGAAUUAUUUCGAAACCUUGACAACAAAAAUAUCUCAUAUUAUCAAGAAGCACACGAAAAGAUGUGUCUUAUUCUAGAGGAAUUCAUGAAUACACUUUCACCGCGCGAUGAUACCGAAAUGUUAUUAAAUGCAUUAAAUGUGUUUGAAAAAUCACUUUCACGGUUGAAUAAGCUAACAAACAAUACAAAAAUUGAAUUAGCAAAAAUUCACCGCAAUUUAGUUGCCAAAUUCGAUGCUUCCGAUAAAGAUGUGGCGCAGCAACGUAAAGUCAAUCAUCUAUUGAUUAGGGCUAGGAUUGGGUGA